AUGAUUAUCCCGAUACUAAAGAGAGGAUUUUCCAAUUUCAUCAGACCACUGAUUUCUCCAAUGAACCCAGCAGAAACUGUAUCUCCUAAUUAGGUCUUCAUUCGAGAUCCUCUCAAUCUCAAGUCAAAAAUCGAGUCUUUUUCAUCUGACUUCGGGAUAAUUUCUGAUUUUGACUCGACAUUAACAAAAUAUUCAGUUAACGGAUUCAAGCUUUCAACUAUAAACUUACUAAUCAGCAUUUUAGACAAAAAUCACUCAAAAGACGUUAAAGAUUUAUUUUUACAUUAUCAUCCCAUUGAAAUUGACCCCUCCAUCUCCCUUGACAAAAAAAUGCUUCUAAUGCACGAAUGAUGGGCAAAAGAGCAAGAGGUAUUUUUAAAAGCGCAUAUAGAGAAACACAUGAUUACUUCUGCAAUUGAAAAUUUACCAUUCUACUUUCGAUAUGGGAUUUUGGAAGUAAUUUCUAUAUGCGAGAGAAACAAGAUACCUUUUACAAUUGUCUCAGGAGGGGUCGGGAACAUUAUUUCAGAAAUGAUAAAAGCAAUUACAAGCUAUCAGAUCAAAAUUAAGUCAAAUUUUAUUGAAUUUGACGAAAAUGGGAAACUUUUGGGAUUUUCAACACCUAUUGUACAUAGCCAGAAUAAAUUUCAUUCAAUUCGUGGGAAGAAAAUUCAGAAGUCUUAUUUUGUUUUGGGAGAUAUUCCAUCGGUAUCAGAUUAUGCAGGAUUUACUUAUAUUGAAGGAAAUUAAUGAUGAAACGAAAGUGAUAUCUAUUGGGUAUUUCAAUGAUGAAGCACUAGCAAGCCUUGAUGAUUUCAGAGACUUUGACAUUGUUAUCAGGGGUGAUGGCAAUUUAAGUGUGCUAGAAUAUUUACUUUGCUUGGUAUUAAAGCUCCCAAGACCAAGUUAUCAAUUUUUAGGAUCUUUAGGAUGAUUGUAA